AUGACCUCCGCCUCCAACCCCGAGCGGAAUGGGGCUUCGUCUUCCAACGGGAGUGUCAGACCCGGCGCCGGGAAGGACGCGACUCUUAUGCCUCCCGCGAAGACUUUGGUCGGACGAGCGCUAGGUAACGAGCUGCAUGCCGAUGCCCACAGGGGAUCGCACGCCUCCAAAGACGGUGUCGGCUGUGCCCUAAGUGACACUCCGAUUUCUACCGCUCCUUCGUCUCCACAGUUUCACGCCGAAAGCACCCCGUCCUCGACCCCCGGCCGCGUUCGCGCAACCACCCUUGAUAUCCCGGGUCUCACCAAAUCCAAAGUCUCUCCCGACGGUCGCAUUGCCCAGCGAGAUGUCGGCGCCAAGCUGGUCAUUGUCAUGGUCGGCCUCCCCGCGCGAGGCAAGAGCUACGUGACCAAGAAGCUGGCGCGGUACCUGAAUUGGCUUCAGCACGAUACCGAGAUUUUCAACGUGGGUGAACGUCGGCGUGUGGCCGCCGGUAAAUCGCCCUCUCCGAUCGGGCGACACAGGGAUCACCGCACCAGCUCCAUUCACAAGGAUCUGGUCGAUUCGGUACGACGUCUCAGCGUCAGUGUUGGAGCGAUGAACUCGCCGUCCCAUAAGGAACGGGCGCCGUCCGUUGCGGUGGUCACUUCGCCCCCGGAGGAGCUUGAAAACCCCUUGCCUCCCCCGGCCGUUCCGUCGAAAAUCCUCAUCAACGGCAAAGAGGAGGAGACGCCCACCUACUCCAACGGGAGCUCCGUCAUUCCGGCCGAACUCGCCGAUCCGCAAGACCAGCUAGCAAUGAAGGAGGCGUCGCCGGAGCCUCUGGACCAGUCCGCGAGCUUUUUCGACCCCCAGAACCAACAAGCCGUGAAGCUGAGAGAGCAAGUAGCUCUGGACACCCUGGACGAGCUGUUGAACUAUAUCCUGGAUGAUGGCGGCAGCGUUGGAAUCCUUGAUGCCACAAACAGCACCAUGGAGCGCCGCAAAGCCAUCGUUGACCACAUUCGGCAACGUGCCGGACCCGAGCUUGGCAUCCUGUUCCUGGAAAGUAGCUGCGUUGACCAAGAGUUGCUCGAAGCCAACAUGCGCCUGAAGCUGUCGGGCCCCGACUACAAGGAGCAGAACCCCGUCAAGGCGCUGGAGGACUUCAAAAAGCGAGUCGCCCUGUACGAACGGUCGUACGUCCCCCUGGGCGAUUACGAGGAAAAGCACGGGAUGGCCUACAUCCAGAUGAUCGAUGUCGGCCGCAAGGUGGUGUCCCACCAGACUCACGGCUUCCUCUCCUCGCAGGUGGUUUACUACCUCCUCAAUUUCAAUCUUUCCCCUCGCCAGAUCUGGAUCACGAGACACGGCGAAAGCAAGGAUAACCAGGCCGGGCGCAUCGGGGGCGACUCGGAACUGAGUGAGAACGGCCACCGAUACGGCAAGGCGCUGGCCAAGUUCAUCGAUCACCAGCGCAAGCAGUGGGAAACCGUGCAGAGGCAGAAGGAGAUCAUGGGACAAUUCCCACCGCGGGCCGGGGACAGCACACCUCCGAACCCGUCGUACAUCCCCAGGGAUCGGCCUCGCAACUACUGCGUGUGGUCCUCCAUGAUGCAGCGGUCGGUGCAGACCGUCGACUAUUUCAACGAAGACGACUACGACGUCAAGCAGAUGAAGAUGCUGGACGAGCUGUACGCCGGCAUGAUGGAAGGCAUGACGUACGACGAGAUUCGGGAGAAGUUCCCCCAGGAGUACGCCGCGCGCCGCAAGGAGAAGCUUUACUAUCGGUACCCCGGGCCUGGCGGAGAAGGGUAUCUCGACGUGAUCAACCGACUCCGCGCGGUGAUCAUUGAGGUGGAGCGAAUGACCGACCACGUCUGCCUGGUGACCCAUCGGUCGGUGGCUCGCGUUCUGCUGGCCUACUUCAUGGGCCUGAAGCGCGACGAAGUAGCCGGGCUGGACGUGCCGUUGGGCAUGCUGUACAUGUUGGAACCUAAGCCGUACGGCGUUGACUUCAAGGCCUACCGAUACAACCCGGAUACCGAUUGGUUUGACCACAUUCCCGAUUUCGCGUUGUGUCAAGCGACGGCACAUUGA